CAAUAUACUCGAUUAACAUACUAGCAAUGAAUAUCUUGCCAAUGAACGAAACGUCGAAAACGAAGCUCUAAAGUUCAGUGAUUCAUCCCUGUAAUGCACUGAUGGAGUUGAGCCAGUCUCGUUGAAAAGCAACAAUCACAAUGGAGCAAGAACAAAUUUACAUGGAUGACAACGUAACUGUCCUUAGGCAAAUAGAUAUCGAGCAAGAUAUUCUUUGCGUAUGUUACACGGAGACCUAUGACUUUUUGGCGGCAGGCCUGACAGAUGGCUCGUUGAAACUGUACAAAACCAGUUCAGACGAAGUGUUGACGCUAUACGACACUGAAAUGCUGCAAAAACCAAGUCCGACAACCUCGGUUAAGCACAAGCCUGUCCACAGAUCUCAUCCGCUCUCGUGCACCGUCACCGCAACCUAUGCUAAUGGCUGCGUCAAGUGUUGGCAUUAUCCAACCUCACAGUGCCUUUACACGAUACGGGAGAAGAGGCAGACAUUAGGUUUGGCUUACCAUUUUCGUCUGCCAAAGUUCGUAACUGUGGGCGACGAUGCGAAGGUCAUCCUUUACGACGAAGAGACCAAAACGCAGGAAAGAGUGUUUCACGCGAGCGAGUCAUUGGAAGUCAUGGACGGCCAUAAAUCUAGAGUGUUCGGCGCAUGUUUCAACCCCAAGUCGGCACACGAGCUGAUCAGCGGCGGCUGGGACAAUACCAUUCAAUUUUGGGACACUAGGCAACCGUACGCUCUUAGGAGAAUAUCGGGCGUGCACUUAUGCGGCGACGCGCUCGACAUCAGCAGGAACGGGAAAGAGAUUUUGUCGUGCUCGUGGCAAAGGGAGAAUCCCAUCCAGCUGUGGGACUACGGUAGCGGAAAGCUGCUUGCUUCCUUGGAACCCGACAGUUAUCCCUCCCUGCUCUACUGUGGCAAAUACGUGUCGAACAUGUUCAUCGCUUGCGGUGGCACAAAUACCAAUCUCUUCAGAGUGGUCGACUUGCGAUCUCACGCUACAUUGGCAAUGAUCAGGAAUUUAAAAGGUGGUACGUAUAGCCUGGACGUUGGCCCGAUAAACCCGAUGCACGCGAAGAAAACGAGAACUCUCUCGGUGGUGCCGCAGCUUGCGUUCUGUGCUGGCAGACGGAUAUACGAGAUAGACGCUCAACCAAGUUGAUCGCCGAUUUCCCAUCGGUGGGCUGUACGCGCGGAAUAAAACUCUGCCGCGAAAGCAAAUCGACGUGUUUUUUCUUUCUUUGAAAUUCUCGUGGCUACGACGGACUUGGGAAAUUUUCUAAUUCGAGCACGGUGUAGGAUUUUGUUUUUCACGGAGACGAUUUAUCGAGUGAAACUUUUCGUUCGAAUUCGUGUAAAUUCGACAUGGUGACACUAGAAAUGCCAGAGCUUCUUUUUUUUUUUUAAAUAUAUCAAUUUCAAUGUAAAUUGGUUGAACACUCGUUUUCUUUCUCGAUGGUAAAAAAAUCCGCGACCGAUUAGAUUUGUCAGUGAAAAAUAACCAUUUUGAACUUCGCUGGUGUUUCUAGCGUUGGCCGUAAUUUCCUGAAAUGAGCCAUCGAUGAUACGUGUACACGUGUAUGUACAUUAUGUAUGUAGCUCGAACGCAAUACCACGCGGAAC